AACAAUACGGUCGAUAAAUACACUUUGUUUUGUUUACAUUUUUGUAUUAUUUCUUCCAUUCCAGCAAGUGCUCCCUACCAAUUAAUUGAUUGGCCGGCCACUCAUUAAAAACGCCUUAAUUUCCUUUUCAUUUUUGUACAUUGAUUUUGAUAUUGUUAUGCACUUCCUGCAGCCGCAUCGCUUCAAGAGCAAGACAAACCUUAAAUAAAUCAAUCGACAACGGCAAUAGGAAACCUUAUAUGAUUGCAAAGUACUACAUCCAUAUAUAUAUGUAUAAGCCCCCAGAGCUGAUAACAGAGCCCUGUCCGAUGUAGCUGCCCUUAUAAGCGGCCGAUCGGCUGUUGGACAGCCAAAAAUCAGAGCAACGAAACCAUGAAUGUGCUGCUAUUGCCGACCGUCUCCGUGCUCAUCCUGCUCCAGCUGUCGUUGGUCAAUGGCAAUGGGUUCAGCACCCAGUAUCGGGGACACACACAACACCCCACACUGGCCGAGCAUUGCUACUACGAGGAGCUGGAUCUGGCGGUUCCGCUCAAUGGCGAAGUUCUGCCGGUGAAUCAUAAGGACUACUGUGUCAAGGUCCUCUGUGCCGAUGAUUACCUACUGAUGAUAAAACACUGUGAGCCGCAACCUUUUCCGCUUCCUGGAUGCCGACUUUCGUCCGGUAACUAUGCGGUACAGUUCCCCGAAUGCUGUCCGCAGCUAGAGUGUCCCAGUCACACGUAGUCGAUUGACGUGCUUACGUAUUUACUUUGUUUCUUAAGUGAGCCUAAAUCUUUGAAAUAUAUUAUUAUGGCAUGAAAUCAG